AAUCAGCAGCGUCGGUCAUCAUCCCCAAGAAGAAAACGUGGAGCAAAGAGGCGGUGUUGGAGGCACUGGCUUCAACUGUCAACAGAGAUCCUACAGUGUAUCCCUACCAGUUCCAGGAUGAUGCAUUCCUGUCCCCCAGGACGCCAUUAGAGUUUAGGUUGUUCUCUCUCUCUCAGGAGUCUGGACGAUCUGCAGCCAAAUACUUCAUCAAGAACAACCCACAACUCUUCACCAACGACAUUGCAGAACCACACAUACCAUGUCUGAUGCCAGAGACAGCAUUUCUGCAACUGGAGGAGGUGAGCGAGGAGGUGAGCGAGGAGGCUCUGAAGGUGCAAAUCCACCUGAGGAAAGUGGCGGCUGCUGUUGACAUGUUUGAUCAGCUGCUGCAGGCUGGCACUGUGGUUUCCAUGGAGACGGCCCAUGAGCUGCUGGACCUCCUCUGUCUGUACGGUGACAAGGACCCUGUCCAAGAUGGAGCACAGCAGAAGGAGGACACGGAUGAGGCGGAGAAAGACAUGAUGGAGCAAACGUCCGAGCCAACAGAAUGGAGAGACGGCAACAAUGCUGAGAGGAUUUUCAACCUGCUGCCUAACAGAGACACUCUGUGUUAUUCAGCUCUGAUCAGAGGCAUGGUGAAGUACAGAGCCUACACAAAGGCCUUCAGCAUGUACAAGCAACUGCUGAGAAACGGGCUCUCAGGUGACGUCCACAUCUUCAACGCUCUGUUCUCUGCAAUUCCAUACGUCGAAGACACAUCUGCCAAGAAAUGGGGCAUCAUGAAUGACCUCCUGAACCAGAUGAGCCAGAUGUCCGUCCGUCCCAACCUGCUGACCUUCAACAGUGUUCUUAAAGCUCUGAGGCGCUGCGGCCAUCUGGCCAAAACUUUUGCUCCACAAAUUCUGAACGAGAUGAAGGCUCUGGGAAUUGCUCCCAGCUUGGCCACCUACGACCACAUCUUGGCCUGCUUUAGCAAAACAGGCUUCUCUAAAUUCAGCAACAUGAACAUCUUACAGAGACUGAUGUCAGAGCUGGAAGGCUGCAGCUUCACCUGCCAGGAUCCUGAUGACGUUAACUUCUUCGCCAACUCUAUGAAGAUUUGUUUGGUAUCUAAAGAGCUGGACUUGGCUUAUAAAGUUCACAGUCUGGUGGAGGUUGGAGAGAACUGGAGGCUGCUCGGAAAUCCCUCCAAACAAAAUCUUUACUAUUGUCGCUUCUUCACCCUGCUGUGCCUGAUGGAGCAUAUUGAUGUGGUUCUGAAAUGGUACCAAGAGAUGGUCCCCUCGAUGUUCUACCCGAGCGUUCAGUGCCAAUUGGAUCUGCUGCAUGCUCUGGACACAGACAACCGUCUGGACCUGCUGCCCAUGAUCUGGAAAGAUAUCAAGACGUUGGGCUACAGUCAGGUGGAGCUGGUGGAGGAGCUGCUCUCUCUCAUGGCCAGAGACCAACACAGUCCUGAGGUUCAGGAGGCGUUUGCUGCGUGUGCUCUGGACAUACUGAGAAUGUUGGAGUUGAAGCCCGAUGUGGUGUGGACCUCCUUCUGCCUGUCUCACAUCACCAGUCUGCUGCUGCGAGUCAACCUUUGUGAUCGGGCCUGGGAAGUGAUGCAGCUCUUCAGAACCAGAAGUCUGAUUCCUAGUGAGGCGAUGGUGAACAACUUCCUGUCAAUGUGUCAGAGCAGCGGCAACUCUCAGCGAGCGGUGGAGCUGGUGCAGCUGUCCGCUGCCCUUUGUCUGUCCUCAGCUCCGAGACUGGCAGCUCAAGUUCUGGAUGAGUUUGAGCUGAGCGAGGAGCAGAGAUCCAUCCUGUCUGAUCUGGACGCUGCAGAGAAGCUUCCUCAGCAAGAAGACGUCUAAAGUAAAGGUCCAGCCUGUCUGUCUGUUCUGUGGGUCUGUGGAAUAAAAACUUG